AUGGGGUCUAUCAGUGCAAGUUUGUUAUUCACUAUUUUAGCAAUUGCAAUGUCGAUAUUGAGGAAAUACGAACCGUUUAAUUCAUGGGUUCAGAAACAAAUCGAAAAGAUGCUAAUGAAAUCUAAUCUGGUUUCAAAGGAACUUGUAGUCAGAUUGCCUGAUUUUAAACUUGUGAAAAAUGACGAGUUUAGUAUCAAUGGAAGGGCACCUGGGAAAUAUGGUAUAAGUCUAUCAGAAAUUUCAGAAACGUUAUCCAAUCUAAAGGAAUAUGAAAUACGAGCUAAACGCUUGAAUAGUGUCAUUUCACAACGUGCUAAUCAACUGAAUAACUAUAGAAUCAAUCAGUUAGCCAAAAUAAAUUAUUUUGAGAAAAUACAAACUGUAGAUACAGCAAUCGAGAAUAAUUCAAUUGUACUCAAAAAAAUAAUUGAGCAUACCUUAAAUAAAUUGUUACAAAAGAAUAUCAUGGACACCACUAAUGACGAAUUGUAUGUCGAAUUGAAUACGCUUUGUGGAAUACUAGGAUAUUCAGUGAAAAACAAGUCUACAUUAGUAGAUAAUCAUUCGCCGGUAACGUUGCAUGCGAAUACUAACUCUAAUCAAGGUAGAGUAGUGGAAACUAUGUCACACUUAUGUAGAGACUGGAGCUCUGAUUAUAACCGCGAAAUAGAACCACUGCUUUCAUUUAUUAUGGAUAGAAUUGAUUCAAUUGAGAUAAAACCCAAUACCAAAACAUUGAUAAUAGUACCAGGAUCUGGUCUUGGAAAAAUUUCUUACAGCUUGGCUAAAAAAUAUCCAAACUACACCGUUGAUUCUAUUGAAUGGUCUGCAUUGAUGUAUCUAGUCAACCAAUUUGUGCUAGAGCAUGGAGAAAAUGUGAAAAUUCACCCAUUUGCACAACACUAUUCAUCCCAAAUGUCACUUGACAAACAAGCAAGACCUAUCGAGGUGCAAUUACCUAAAACUGAAGACUUACCCUUGAAUUUGAAAACAUUAUAUGGAGAUUUCAGAGAAUAUCAGCCGUUAGAUAUCAUCAACAAUAAGAUUGAUGGAUAUGAACAGAUUAUAGUAGUUACUGCUUAUUUUAUCGAUACGGCAGAAAACAUGUUUGAAUAUAUUGAAAGCAUUGAAGGAUUAACGAAUUUUUUAAAUAAUACGGAUUCAAAAAGUAAUAAUAAACUAAAUUGGAUUAAUGUCGGGCCCUUGAAAUAUGGUACCAGACCAUUGGUACAGUUGACUGCUAACGAACUAUUAAAAUUAAGGAAAUUGCGUGGAUGGGAAGAUUUAAGUAAUGAAACAUUGACAGACUACGUCAGUUCACCAUUAAAUGGCUAUAUUACGGAUUAUGACUCCCUAUAUCAAGGAUACUACGGAUUGCUAAGAUUUCACAGUAGAUAUCCAAGUAAUGACGGAUGA